UUUUCAUCUAUUUUCGUUCUUUACGUCAAAAAGGUGUAGUGAAUUCUAUUUGUGAUUUAGUUCGAGAUUUUUUUUCUCUAAUUUGAUUAUAUGUUGACGUUAAAGAGAAUGCAAUGAAUAAGUUCAUGUUAACAUAAUGACAAUAUCAAUGAAGGAACAAGAGCAAAUGCCUGGGGAGAUGGUAUUCCCUGAGGCUAAACUGAAAGCAUUAGAGGAGAAAAUUUCACAUUCUCGGUGGGUGGUGCCAGUUUUACCAGAACAAGAAUUGGAAGCCCUUCUUAAUGCUGCUACUGAGCUUGCAACAAAAGGUGAAGAUAUAAACCAUGUAGCCUGCCAACGAUUCUAUAAUGAUGCUCUCACAAUAUCUUUUACUAAGAUACUAACAGAUGACGCUGUGUCAUCAUGGAAAAAUAACAUACAGCAAUGUGUAAGGUCCAACUGUGAAAAGCUUGUGAAACUCUGUACAAUGAAAUUGGAUGAUCCAAGAUUUUUGCAUUUAUUAUCUAUGGCUUUCAAUCCUAAUAAUAAAUUUCAUACUUUCAAUGCAUCCCGAACUUGUGAGGGUCUUUCAGUGACUACUAAUUCAACUUCUAUUGGUCAAGGUUCCACACAAGAACUUGAAGUCUUUGCUAAAUCACAGGAUCAUAGGACACCCAGAGGAUGGCUGGUCCAUCUUAUUAAUGUAUUUGGACAAGCUGGAGGAUUUAUAAAGUUAAGAGAACGAUUUGAAAUCAUAAUGGGUUUUCAUAAACCUGAUUUGACAUCAUCUAUUAAUUCAGAAGAAAAAAUUACAACAGAAGUAACUGAAAAAGAGAUUGAUGAAACAAAAGUUAACAAAUUGGACAACAAUGAACAACCAUCAAUGAUUUCUGAAAGCAGUGAUCUUUCUACAUCAUCAUCACACAAUGAACAGCCAUCGUCAUUGGAACAGUCUUUAACUGGUGAGACGAGAGUAGCUGCUGUUUGGCAAUUAUUGAGACCACUUGGCCUGUGUCACGAUCUUUUGACUCCACACACAGUCACAACAUAUCUUCUGCCAGUACUGGAAUGUAUACCAACUCUACUGGAAAGCUUGACUGAUGAAGAACUAAAGCGGGAAGCUCGUGGUAGUGAAAAUAAGACAGAUACUGUAUCGUGUUUGAUACGUGCCUGUAAAUAUGUUUCAGCUAAAACACCCCACCCUCAUAGUCUUCUGAAAUCCCUUGAAAUGUUUCGACUAAAAAUGAUUUUACGGCUGCUACAAAUGUCGUCGUUUAAUGGCAAAAUGUCGGCAUUGAAUGAGAUAAAUCAGCUUAUCAGUACGAUCUCUCAACAACCGAAGCCAGAGUGGCUUACACCAGCUGUUAUGACAAAUUGGAUACGAGAGAAUAAAGUUGUUGACAUUGUCUUACGCGAUUCUCUACAUCAGCCCCAGUAUGUAGACAGGUUGGAGAAAAUGCUUAGGUUUAUGAUUAAAGAAAAUUCGCUUACAAGAGAUGAUUUGGAUGCUAUAUGGAAAGCUCAACAUGGGAAACAUGAGGCCAUUGUGAAAAAUCUGCAUGACUUACUGGCGAAGCUUGCAUGGGACUUCACUCCUGAUCAACUUGAUCAUCUCUUUGACUGUUUCAAGGCCAGUUGGGCUACAUCCAGUAAGAAACAAAGUGAUAAAUUGUUGGAAGUCAUUAGACGGUUAGCAGAAGAUGACAAGGACGGUGUAAUGGCAAACAAGGUAUUAAUUCUAUUUUGGAAUUUAGCUCAUUCAGAUGAAGUCUGUACUGAGAUUAUGGAUGUUGCACUCGCUAAUCUCAUUAAAAUAUUGGACUACAGCUGCAGUCAAGAUCGUGAUGCUCAAAAAACCCUCUGGCUGGACAAGUGUGUAGAAGAAUUGAAAACAAACGAAAAGUGGGUACUGCCAGCGCUAAAGGUGAUGCGCGAGAUCUGCUGCCUCUAUGAGGCGGGCGGCGGCACGGGCGUGCGGCCCCACGUCACCCGCCAGGAGCUCAUCGACCGCCUGCAGACGCAGCACUCGCUCGUCAUACUCGUCACCGACUCACUCACGCACUACAUGGACGGAGUUCGAAACAAGCUAGCAGAGGAAAAAGAAAUAGAUUGGGAAAAUUGGCUUCCGGAUGGCAGGUAUCCUCAUUCAGCUCAAGUGCACGAACGACUUAGCUUUCUUAGGUUUCUUUUAAAAGAUGGACAAUUGUGGCUGUGUGCAGAACAAGCAAAACAGAUAUGGGUAUGUCUAGCAGAAAGACCGGCGCACCUGGGUGAUCGGGAGGCGUGCUUUCGGUGGUUCAGCAAAUUAAUGGGCGACGAACCUGACUUAGAUCCAAACAUCAAUCUUCAUUUUUUUCGACGGAAUAUCAUGACAUUACCUCCAAAUUUAUUAACUCAUGCUGGUAUCAAAUGCUUUGAAAGGUUCUUUAAAGCAGUAAACUCUAAAGAAGGGAAACUUAAAACUAAACGAAGAAGUUUUUUAAUUAAUGACGCUGAUCUCAUAGGUUUAGAUUAUUUAUGGAGGGUGAUAACUGACUGCUCGGAUGAAAUCUCAGCUCGCGGUAUCGAGCUGUUGCGUGAAGUAUGCACGUGCGUAGGCCCGGCACUGUCGGCUGCGCUACACCACGAAGAUUUCCUCACGCACUGUUGCGCGCGCACGCAACGCAUGCAGAAGGACAUGGAGCUGCAUGCAGAUCCCACAGAGAGUUGCACAAGAAUGUGUAGAGUGAUUCGUGCCAUACAAGAAUAUGUAAACGAAUGUGAUAGAAGGUUUUCAGCUGAUAGACAGAUACUGCCUAUGUACAGGUCGGGACGAGGAAGGCAGUGUACCAUUAUAGUCAGAUUUAAUUUUCAAACUGGCCAAAGACAAAUUGAAGAUAUAGAACUAAUUUCUCACUCAAACGAAACACUGCAUUCAUUACGUUCAGCUAUCCAAAGGAGACUAAAGUGUGCACCAGAUAGUAAUAUAAAAUUAUAUGUAAAUAAGCUAGAACUGUAUGUAAAUGGAGAGCUAUUAGACUCAAGUCAUGAUCGUAAAAUUCUCGCGCAAAUACCUCUACGUGAUAAAACUGUGAUUGUUGCUAAGGUAUAUGAUGGACCAGUUUGUGGAAGCGGAGGCUGUGGGUCUUCAAAUGAGUCGAGUAGUGACUCUAGCACAUCAUCUCCACCUUUACCACCCACUCCAGAACACGCGUUACCUGGUGUACUUUUUGCGCAAGGAUCAUGGUACUUGCCAUUCAUUUUAGAACUAGAACAUGUCGGUAUAACAAAAGGACAUAUACAGUUGACAGAGGCCGCACAUUUACUGUCACAAAUUUGUCCGGCGCAUAAACAAACUGUAGAAAAAUUGACAGAAGCGUUGUUGUGCCGUGACGAUUCCAAAUUGAGGGCCUUGCUGUAUGAUCCGACGCCGCCUACUGUAGCAUAUAAUAUACAGGUAUUAUAUAGUAUGAUAAUGUCAUCAAACGACACGAGACUGGAUCGUAGUCGUAGUUAUCAGGUAGCUUGUGUGAAAAAGGCGCCACUGUUGGUACAAUGUUUGUCUGAUAAAGAAUUUCUUCAGGGUGCAGCUCCACACACUAGAAGGGUUGGUUAUUUGGCUUUGGUCAGAUUGGCUAAACUUGCCUUAUAUACAUUAGGGCAUUUAUUUGAAAUAUUAGCACCAGAUGGUUCAGAUUCAACUAUCGACAAAGAGUUUAGAAUGGAUGUUACCAUUUUAAGAGAAGCGUUGCAGACAGUCCCCAAUCAUAGCUGUGAAUUAAUUGUAAAAGCACUUGCUGAGAAGUUAGCAAACACCUUAGGCGAACAAGUGGUGACUAGCGGCGAGGACAGCGAGUCGGUGUCGACGCUGGUGUGGUGGCGCAUUCCGACAGCGGCCACGGUGCGUGCGCUCUACGCACUCGCCUACCGGGUCGCACAGCCGCCCGUACCCAUCGCCUCCUCCACGCCCUGCGCCCCGCCCGAUGCCAUGCUCCACCCCGACGAUGUUACACUGGUUCGUGAAUGUAUGGAAGUGGUCACUAUAUGCAUGGCUCUUGGUGGGCUUCACCUAAAGACACUUCUCCAAGAGAGCUGGUGGCAAGACACUGCACUUUACUUGAUGAUUGAUUGUCCCAAUCCACAAGUGCGCGUGUCGUGCGCGGAGCAGCUGCUGGCGGCGUGCGCGUGGGGCGGCGGCGGCGGCGCGCGCGACGCGCUGGCCGCGCUGGCCGCGCUGGCGGCCUCCGCGCGCCUGCAGCGCCACGCCGCGCACGCCAUGCAGUUCCUGCAGCUGCUGUGCCGGCUCGUCGCGCUCGCCGGGCCCACCGAGCGCACGCUGCACGACCUCGUCUUCGAGGUGGCAUGGUUGAGGGCUGUUCGUAAAAAUCCGGAAACACUUGACGACACUCUCCUGGAAGGUCAUCUCAAUCUUACCAAAGAAUUGUUUAAUCACGUUCCGGCGCAGAUCAAGUACCAGUAUGGUGCACACCCCGACCACAAGGAUUCCGGUUUAAUAAAGGAGGUAACGACGGAGUUUCUAUGGCCGUAUUCGUGGGCUUGGUGCCGCGGUGGCAUGUCGGCGGAGGGCGGCGAGGGCGAGGAGGGUGAGCCGGCGGCGCCGCUGUGCCGCACGCCGGGCGCCGCCGCCGCCGCCACUGAUUUGCUGCUUUCGCUCGUGCACGGCUGCGUGCCCAACAUGGCCGCGCUCGCUAACUUGCUCGAGCAGAUGUUCUACAGUGAGAAGAGCAUGCCGCUGUCAGAGUGGGAGUACAUGCCGUGUGUGGGCCCGCGGCCGAUGGCCGGCCUCGUGGGCCUUAAGAACGCUGGCGCUACUUGCUACAUGAACUCUGUACUACAGCAACUAUACUGUGUGCGUGCCGUACGCGACGCGCUGCUUGCUGUAGAAGGAGCUGCAACAGAUCUUAAUGAAGAUUUUUCUGGAGAAAGUCAACAUCACAAUAUUGUAGAAAAUAACAUCGAGAAUAAUAGUGAUUACAACAUCACAAUUUUAAAACAAGUUCAAGCAAUAUUUGCACAUUUACAUUAUAGUAAGCUGCAAUAUUACGUUCCUAGAGGCUUAUGGGCACAUUUUAGGCUACAAGGUGAGCCAGUAAACUUGCGAGAGCAGCAGGAUGCAGUAGAAUUUUUUAUGUCUUUGGUUGAGUCUUUAGAUGAAGCAUUGAAAUCAUUAGGUCAAGAACAGCUAAUGGCCAAAACCAUGGGAGGAACAUAUUCGGACCAAAAAAUAUGUAAAGGCUGUCCCCAUAGAUAUUGUAAAGAAGAACCAUUCAGUGUCGUGUCAUUAGACAUAAGGAACAUGUCGCGUCUGCAGGAAUCUUUAGAAGCGUAUGUUCGUGGAGAAUUAUUAGAAGGGGCCGACGCCUAUCAUUGCGAUAAGUGCAAUAAAAAGGUGGUGACAGUGAAACGAUUAUGUUUAAAUAAACUACCUCCAGUAUUAGUUAUACAACUUAAAAGAUUUGAAUAUGACUUUGAAAAAGUGUGUGCAAUAAAAUUUAAUGAUUACUUUGAAUUUCCCCGAGAAUUGGAUGUUGAACCAUACACUGCGUGGGGGCUGGCGCGGGCGGAGGGCGACGCGACGCUGUGGGACGGCACGGGCGCCGCGCCCGAGACGCACUACAGGCUCAGCGGCAUCGUCGUGCACUCGGGACAGGCCUCUGGCGGACACUACUACUCUUACGUGCUGCUCAGAGAUAACGGCAGUGAAACGGGGCGGUGGGUAAAAUUGGAUGAUGGUGACGUAACGGAGUGUGCGAUGCACGAUGACGAGGAAAUGAAAGCGCAGUGCUUUGGCGGAGAAUAUAUGGGCGAGGUAUUCGAUCAAAUGCUCAAGAGGGUGUACAAACGUCAGAAAAGAUGGUGGAACGCAUACAUGCUGUUUUAUACAAGAAUAGACACAAUAGAGACAGAAAAUCUCGAACAAACAAUGAAGAAUAUGACUUUGAAGGAUAGUGCUAUACCUCGACCAAUCUGGCUUUCAGUUCAUCGAAGUAAUAUAGCAUUCUCUCAUAAUCAGGACCAAUUUAGUUUGGAGCAUUUCAAUUUUAUGAAGAAGCUGUGUUACAUGCGUUUCCAAAUGGUACCUGGUUCACAGAGCGCGGUUUGGAGUCCAGAACAAGAGGAAAUGUCAAUGUUAGCAGUACAAUUAGCAACGAAAUUUUUAUUUCAAGUUGGUUUUCGUACAAAAAAAGCAUUAAGGGGACCUGCAGCGGAUUGGCAUGAUAUUUUAUGCCAGCAUCUAAGAUGUUCACAGUCUGUUAGAGCGUGGUUUGCGACUGAUCUCUUUAGACAUUCACAUAGAUUAUGCGAUUAUCUAUUGUCAUGUCCCUCUGCUGAAGUACGAAUAGUUUUUAUGAAGAUAAUAGUAUUUUUGGCUGACUUUUCAAUACAAGAUCCACCAGUGAGCAGCGGGUACGGCGCGUGGUGUUCCCGCGAGGAGGCCACGUCGCUGUCGGACCAGGUGCUGUGUUGCGCCCGCGCACUCGCGACCCCGCCCACGCCCGUCGCCUCGCACGGAACCCACUCUGCCUCCGAUGCCAUCCAUCACCGACACCUGCCGCUGCUGUUCAACCUCUUCCAUACCUACGCGAUGCUCGGCCUCAGCGAAAAACACCAGUUGCUCAGGUUAAAAAUCUUGGAGAUAGUAUUAACAGUAUGUAUGGAUGAUUCAUCGUCAUCACUUGGAAAGUACCAGUACCCGGAAUCAGCCAAGAUACAUCAAGUGGUGUCGGUGCUGGCGCGCUGCUGCGACGUGAGCGCGCGCUGCCACUCGGCGAACGCGCCGGACGGGGCGCUGCCGCUGCCCAACCCGUACGCGGAUCCGCCCGCCCCCGCCCCCGCCCCCGCCAACAACCUCGCCCGCCCCACGCUCUCGCCCGUUGCCGCCGAUGUACUCUACAACAAGACCGGGGCAUACAUGAAAAAGUUAACAGAAGACUGUUGCGGUUGCGAGGAAGGUAUAAGGCUGCUUCAGUUCCUAUGCUGGGAGCACGCUGGCUGGUCGCGUAUAGCGUUGGCCGAGCUCCUGUGGCAGAUGGCCUACGCCUACUGCCACGAGCUGCGUCGCCACGCGGACGCUCUCGCUGCGCUGUUACUCAUGGAGGAUAGCUGGCAACAUCACCGUAUACACAAUGUUAUCAAGGGUGUAUCGGAAGAGCGACCAGGAUUGCUGGAAACGGCAUCUCGCGCACGCGUUCACUAUCAAAAGCGUGCGUACGCAUGCGUGAAGCUGGUGGUGGGCGUGAUGACGCGCGUGCCCGCGGCCGUGCGCGCCGUGCACGCGCAGCCCGACGCCCGCCGCCGCUGGCGGCAACUGCUCGUCUGGCUGCAGGAGGAGCUCGACCGCAAGUAUGGGCCCGGUAGCUAUGGUUCAUACGGCACAUGGUCUCCCCCUGGCACGUCCAAUGAAACGUCAAGUGGCUACUUUCUAGAACGAAGCAACUCUGCUCGUAAAACACUCGAAAAAGCGUACCAGUUGUGCCCGGAGGAAGAGGAUGAAGAGGAGGACACUCGCGAAACGACAGAGGGUUCGGCGUCAGGCGAAGCCGGUGACGACAGCGGUGACGAUGAUGACGCUGUGGACGAGGAUGAACCGCCUGCUCGACGUCUUCAGUUGGCGCCCCCCACGCCCGCAGCUGCUCCCGCCUCCGCAGCCACAACAGUGCCCACGCCCUCUGUCGCUCACACCGCUACCACUAAUCCGGGUGGUGUGCCCGCGUCUUCUCCCGUACAUCCUACACAAACUGCGCCACGCGACCCCUGAGUCGUCGCUGUCGCCCGCCGUGCCUCUAGUCCAUCAUCGCAGCCGUCGUCGUUGCGUCUCCAUUUUCCAUUUUUAUUUUGCCGUACUAGCUUUACACGUUGUCGAAAACUACAGCUUGCUCCCACAGCGCUCGCAGAAUUAUAAUUGCGCCCGUGGGUGUCGCCAAGUCGAUACUUGGCCAUAGUUUUAUUCUGUGAUGAAUAUGCGAGUUCGUGAUGAAGUUGUUAGCGCUUAAAUAAGUGCUGUUUGCUUCCUCGCACGUUUAUGACGACCGCCGCGUUUUCCGCGUCGGGAUCUCGAGCGCCGCGACGCGGAAUCCAUGACUUAAUUUAUACAUACAUUUUAAUUAGUUACUUGUAAAUUAAGCUCCGCUUUAAAUUACCAUAGUAUUUAUUUAUUUUUUAAUUAAGGUUAAUUCACAUCUUUACAAGAUUCAAUAGGAUUCGCUUUUUGAACGCGUUGUUUACUUACAAAUCGCUGUUCCCGUAAUUAUGUUUUUGUACAUUGUAUAAACAGUGAGAUUUUAGAAUAGACUUAUAUAUUAGUUUUAUAUAAUGGUAAUUGUGUUGGCUUGGGCCUGUUUUUCUAUUGCAACUGCCUGUAUAUUGAAUUAGUGAAAAUAUUUUAUCAAUUACGCGCCAAUACCACCGUAUGGCGUACGUAUAUUUUUAAGAACUAUAAUUAUAUAUCUUAAAUGAUUAUCAAGUCUAUUUGUUUUAGGCAUAUUUACGAAAAUGUUUAAGUUAGAAGAACGGACUCGAGCCUAACAUUUGUUGAAACUAUAAAUUCACACUUAAAUGUAUGUAAAAAAUUAAAACAAUGAAUUUGACGUAACAUGGCGGUUUGCCAGAAUAGAUACAACUAGACAAUUUGCUUUGAGUUCACUCGCUUUUUUUUGUCACUAUUGUUAUAUUAGUUCCGCAGAUUUGUAUAUUUUGCCAACAAAAUAUCUUGAAGAUAUAUAAUCGCUUUUGAUUAAAUCUCGUUAUAUAUUAUUACCUGCAUGUAUAUUGUGUUAUCCAUUUUUACAUGUCGGUUGUUAUAGUAUUUAUUUUACUUUCUAUUAUUAAUUUGUUUUCCCCACCCAGAGAUGCAAUAUGCGUAAUUACAUGCAUUUAUAAAUUGGAAAAUACAGUUUGAGUUAAUUAGUUUUCAAAUAGAAAAAUAAUCAUUUCAUUGUUUUAACAUUACCAGACAUGGAUUACGCUAUUUAUUUAUUUAGUCAAGAUGUAUAAUAAUGUAAUAUUAUUAUAAUUUUGCGUCAGUGGUAAAAUUUUAACAAAAUGGCAGUAUCCCGUUAGCAAAGAUGUAGAGGGUGAACUCAAUGCAGCUCCAAUUCCAAUGUGGAGUCUCCAGAUACACAGUUAUAAUAAUCGAAUUUUAAAGUAUUCCUUACCAGAUCACUGUAUGCAUUUUGAUAAAAAUGGCACUAAAAAGUUCUGUCUCCUUUUUGUGUGAAUAACUUGUAAUUUGCAUGUAUUUUAUUACAACUUGUCGAAACACAGGACAAUUGGUAUUAUAGAUGUUAGUUGAUAAUGCUGUGUGGGUGCUAUCUAAGGAUUGCCACUUUGAUGAGCUAAAGUAACUAUGUAUAAGAUUAGGGUAUUUAGAAACUAUAAUAUUCUGCUUUAUUUGUUAUAAAUAAUUAUCGUGAUUGGACUUUGUUACAUUAUCGUAUACAGAUGCGAUUUAUUUAAUAUUUUCAUCAGCAAUGACAUUAUAAUAAACGAUAGGUCUAUACAAAUUGGUUAAAUACAAAUUUAAUAAUGUUCAGUCAUAUUUCUGCAUAACGCAGUAUUGUGUACCCUUGGUUAUCAUUCUAUAGACUUAGUAGAAGAUACAGGAUUUAUUUUGAUUGUUAGUAUUUUUUUUUUAUGAUUAUAAAAGGUUAUAGUGACUCAUAAAAUUUUUUGUCGCUAGUAAUUUUAUUCAAACAGCCAAAAAUUAAAUCCUUAUUUGUGCUGUAAAAGAUUUUACAAAUUUUUUUAAUUCUAAAGCAACAAAAGUUACCAGAUUGGUUUUGAUCAUACGUGAUUUAUAAGUAGUCAAUAAAUAACUUUAGAUUCUUUUUUAAUGUGUACGAGUAUGUGACAAGAACAAAACAGUUAUUGAUAGCUUUUAUAAAGUAUAUUUGUUAUAAAAUUCUGCCAAACCAAAUACAUGAAUAAUAGAUUUUUCAAUUAUUCGUCACCAAAUUUCUUUGCUAUUAUUUUUAUUUAUUAAAUAACCUAUAAUUAGAAACUUUUACAAAACAAUUAGGAGUCAAACAAAUCUUGUAUUAUAAAUAUCUAAAAAUUAAUAUAAUCCAAAAUAAAUGUGCUUAUUGUUAUUAUUUUAAUCCAAAAGAUCAUACAUUACUAGGACCGGUAUUGAUUUUAAUUAUUUUUAUAAGCUGAACGCGCGAAGAGAGGAAAGCAACCCUUACCUGCAAGCUUGUUACUUGCUGUAAGCAAGUACCGUGUAAAUUGUAGCUGUGAAUUCGAACUUUGAACAUAGACAAACCCUUUUCUUCCCUUCUAGUCCACAACAAGAGCAUAUAUUUGAUGACAAAUAAUGUAACUCCCAAAUUAAUUAUUUGAGUAUUUGAUUUGGAAGAUUACAAAAAGCUAGUUUUAUAAUAUCGUGCCAUGAUUUAUAUUGUAUCAUGGUCUAUUAUGUAUGAUGAUUUGACAUAAUAACAUUAAGCUAUGUUUUGUUUCUUCGAUGAAAAUGCUUUUUAUGAAAGAGUUAAUGCUUUUUAUAAUUAGAAGUGGAAGAAAAAAUCUAUGCCGAUUUUCUAUAAGAGGCUGUGAUUUUGUAAUGAUAAAACAACGAACAUUUCUUGUACAUGGUUAUGUACAUAUCAAAGUUAAUUUAUCUGAUACAUGACUUGUAUGCCCUAUUGCAUUUGCGUGUCCACAUGGUACACAUUAAAAUGUAAAUGACGACUUUAUGUAGUUAUAAUGUCAUUGUCCUUAGUCUCAGUUCAGUUUCUCUUUUCAACAUAAUUUGUACAUCUAAUUAUAAGAAAGGAAAUCAAUGGAAGAAAAAUAUUAUCUUUUCAAUACGUAACUGAAAUAAUUUAAAUAUAUACUCUUAUCAUGAUGUCAUCUAUUCAAUUCUCUAUGGAAUUCAGGGUAACUUAACCCUUCAUUAUGAUGAAAAUUUAUAUAACGGUUUCUUAUUAAUCUGAAUUAUUGAUACGCAAUGUUGAGUAUGUCAAGAUGUGUGAUAUAUAAAAAAAUGUAUGUAUGCAUUUAAUUAAAAUAUUUAAAUAGUAAAAUUUUUACUUUUUUGCCAUUUAUAUAAAUGUGAUUAUGCUAGUUUCAACUUUAAAAAGUUAUUCUCCAUUGUAUUAAACAUAUAUACAUAACUGUUAAAUCAAUAUACUACGUUAUGAAUUUAACGUGAAAAAGCGUCGAUUCUAUCAAAUAUUGCAUUUUAACAAGUAAUAGUGAUCAAAAAUUAGGUCAGUAUAAGUUGUCCAAUAAAUGGUAUGUACAUAAUAUUAAUUUAUUACAUAAGGCCAUAGGACAGACUGGCCUAAGAGAGAUAUUGCUUAUCAACAUUUUUAAUCUUUAUUUUAACUUAAUAGAUGUUAUAUGAUACAAACAUAGUUUUUAAUUUAACAAAAGUUGUAGAUAUAGGUAUUAAUGACUAGUCUAACAGGAAAAUGUUGCCACUAUUUCAACGUUCUGCUUUGUAAUAUAUGUUAAUAUUUAUUUUUUAUAUUUCAUAACGGUUGUAUAAUAUUUUCCUUUAUCUAGUGGUUAAAUGUUAAUUACAUCCAGGCUAUCAGGCAAUGCACAUGGCACGUACAUAAUCAAUGAACGAAACUGUAUGCCACUUCUGUAAUUCAAAUUGUUCUGUAAAGUAGAUAACCAAUGCAAUUUGUUUGUGACGCGCGUGUUUUUCAAAUGUAACCACCGUAAUAUUUGUCAGCUUUUCUUUGUUAUUUUGUAGCACUAAAUGAUAAUAAGGUAAUUCUUAAAAUUUUGGUCGCAAAGACCUUGUGCCUUAUUUUAAUUUUAUUUGCUCAAUUUGCUUCAACCUGAUAGUCUGCACAUUGAUCUAUUAUUCAAUUUUAAUUUUUACUAAGUCUUUAUUAUAAAUUUUACAUUUUGGCUUUCAAAUAUUUAAAAUAAUUCAUAAAUACAUGAAGAAAGCAGGUUUAAUUAUUAAAUUAGAAAUCGAAAUAAUUAACCGCUAUCGUCGUUGUUAUAGUUAUUACCAAAGAUGGAGUUAAAGAUGAGGGAAUUAUGGUAGCCCUUUUUCUUAUAGCUUAGUAAUUGAAAUGUUUUGUAUCUUUUAUAAAAUGCAAAAGUUAAAAAUAUUUUGUUGAAGAAAGAAAAUGUGAUUGAUCUUAGGCUUAGAUUAAAGUCAUGGAAGAAAAAAUGUUCAAGCAAAUUUAUAGAAAAGCGUUACCAUAUAAGAAUUAAAUAAAUUGGCAGACUUGGUAUUCGCGAGUAUCAAAUAGAAAAUGAAUAUUAAGGUAACUGCAACUUUCAUAUGAAACUCGGGAAUUCUUAGUUUGCUUAUCAAUUCGGUACAUAAAAAUACAAGUCUUUGUAAUAAAAUUGUCUAAAACGAAAUAAUAGAAAGUUCGGGAACAUUUUGCGUUCAGACGAUUAUGAUGAAAUGCAUCGCAAUGAAAAUCAUCUGCAAAUGUAUAAAAUGUUUCAUGGUAACUACUAGAUCAGUUAAGAUUUGUGUGACAUUCUAUGGCAAAUAUAAUGAUGAAUGGCAUUUGACAUUAUACAGGAAUGCUCACAGAGUAGCAUUCAUACAGAUAUUAUAAUAAUAAAAUCAAAAAAUAAAUUGGAAAAAUUUGCA